AUGGCACAUCGUACUGAAGACUCUGCUGGCAUUAACACAUUUUAUCGAUCAGAGUCUCCAACAAGAUUUAAAAUCAAACAAUUAACAGACAAGCUUAAUUCAUUUCAGCAAACUGCAGAACUCGAAUCUCAAGCUAGAAAUGAAGCUUAUAAUCAUCGUCUUAAACAGUUAGAAGCUAAAAUUUCAAAGAUCGAGCUUACCAGUAGCUCCAAAUUGAACAUUAUCAAAGACCAAAUUAUACAAAUUGAAGAAGCAUUUUAUAACGAAAGUCUUAGUGAUGAAAGUUUCGAUGAAAAAAAGUCAAAGGAAUUGAAAAUUGCGGAAUCGAGCAUAUUUAUUGAAAUUGGCAAAGAAGAAAAAAUUUAUAAAGAAAGCGAGAAUAAAAUCGAUAAAUUAAUUGAAGAAAAAAUAUUUUCUAUCAAAAUUGAUCUAGGAAAAGAAAAAAAAAUCAGAAAAGAAACUGAAGAAGGCCAGAUCUUAGAUUUUUCAGAUCAAAUUAUUAUUCUGCAAGAGGCUGUAAACAGGGAAAGCCAAUUACGAGAUGAAAGUUAUGAGGAUUUAAUCAAAAUUAUCGGACAAGAGAUGCAUGUCUGCUUUGAUCAUUUGGAAAAUGAAAGAAAAAAUCGCAAUGAAGCACACAAAUUGUAUGAAAGAUAUAUUAAUAGCAUGAAGGAAAGAAUAAAAACAGAAAUAGAACAAGAGGUAAAAGAAAGAGAAAAUACGGAAGAAAAUUUAAUUAGGAUAUUGGAAGAAACUUGCAAUAGGAUCGAAUUUGCGAUAGCUGGAAAAUAUUAA